AAUUCUACACUUAAAGUCUUCCUCCCACCUCUUUCUCUCCCACACUCCACAGUCCACACUUUCUGCCUUUCUUUCCUUUUAAUUCCUUCCAUUUCCUUUCCUUCCUCGAUUCUCUCUCUCUCUCUCUCAUGUCUUUUUCUUCUUUCCCUCUCCCUCUUAAUCCUCCCGUUUCCCUCCACCAUCCCAAACUCCACGCUUUUUCUCCAUUCCCAUUCUCCAAGUCCUCCUUCUCACUUUCUUUCUCCAAAUCUCAUGUCUGCUUUUCUUCCUCUUUCCCCGCCCCUUCUUCUUCUUCCGACAGCGAAGACUCACUAUGGCUCCGUGAGGAACAACGCUGGCUUCGCGAGGAGCAGCGAUGGCUCCGGGAAGAGCAGCGGUGGCUUCGCGAGCGUGAGUCACUCCUUAGCGAGAUUCAAUCCUUAAAGCUUCAAAUUCAAGCACUGGAGAAACGAAUUUCACUUCAGGAAGGGGACUUAGUACCAGAGACAAUGGCGAAUGUUAGGGCCUUGUUGCAGGUUUUGACGGAGAAGAAUCGGAUUGCAGAUACUGCGUCGAGCUCGAGCGCCAUUGUGUUUAAGGAGAAGGUGGAGGAUGUGAAGGAAGUGAUCAGUGUUGAAGAGAAAGUGGAGAUAAAGCUGAAUACUUUGAGGAAAGGAAGUGAAGGAGAGGAGGUGCGAGAGAUGCAGGAAGCAUUACUAAAAUUAGGAUUUUACUCAGGCGAGGAAGACAUGGAAUAUUCCAGCUUUUCAAGUGGUACUGAGCGUGCAGUGAAGACUUGGCAAGCAACAUUAGGUGCCCCAGAAGAUGGGAUAAUGACUGCGGAACUUCUGGAGAGGUUAUAUAUGGAGCAACAGAUUAAGGUUGCUGGGUCAAACAUUAGCAUAGAUGAGAAAGGGAGCACUUUAACUGUUUCACAGAAGGUACAUUCAAAUUGCAUCUCUUCUUUCUUCUUCCUUUUUUAA